CGUCCCUGCUGCGCCUCUGCGGCCGGUGCUCCGCCGCGCACUGGGGCCCGGACGCGGACGCGAGGCCACGGUACGAGCAUGGUGCACGGCAGGGUGUCCCGGCUCUCGGUCAGCGACGUGCGCUUCCCCACGUCGCUGGGGGGCCACGGCUCGGACGCCAUGCACACAGACCCCGACUACUCGGCUGCCUAUGUCAUCAUAGAGACGGAUGCGGAAGAUGGACUCAAGGGAUAUGGAAUUACCUUCACGCUGGGAAAAGGCACUGAAGUUGUUGUCUGUGCUGUGAAUGCCCUUGCCCACCAUGUGCUUAACAAGGACCUCAGGGACAUUGUUGGUGACUUCAGAGGCUUCUACAGGCAGCUCACAAGUGAUGGGCAGCUCAGAUGGAUUGGUCCAGAGAAAGGCGUGGUGCAUCUGGCAACGGCGGCCGUUCUCAAUGCAGUGUGGGACCUGUGGGCCAAGCAGGAGGGAAAGCCUCUCUGGAAGUUGCUUGUGGACAUGGACCCCAGGACGCUGGUAUCCUGCAUAGAUUUCCGGUACCUCACCGACGUCCUAACUGAGGAGGAUGCGUGCGAAAUACUGCAGAAAGGUCAAGUUGGUAAAAAAGAAAGAGAGGAGCACAUGCUGACACGCGGCUACCCUGCCUACACGACGUCGUGUGCCUGGCUGGGGUACUCAGACGACACGCUGAAGCAGCUCUGCAAGGAAGCGCUGAGGGAUGGCUGGACCAGGUUUAAAGUGAAGGUUGGCGCUGACGUGCAGGACGACAUGCGGAGAUGCCGACUCAUCAGAGACAUGAUUGGACCAGAGAAAACUUUGAUGAUGGAUGCCAACCAACGCUGGGAUGUGCCCGAGGCAGUGGAGUGGAUGUCCAAGCUGGCCGAGUUCAAGCCGUUGUGGAUUGAGGAGCCAACCUCUCCCGAUGACAUUCUGGGGCAUGCUGCCAUUUCCAAGGCAUUGGUCCCGCUAGGAAUCGGCGUUGCCACAGGAGAGCAGUGCCACAAUAGAGUGAUAUUUAAGCAACUCCUACAGGCGAACGCCCUGCAGUUCCUCCAGAUUGACAGCUGCAGACUGGGAAGUGUCAAUGAAAACCUCUCAGUAUUACUGAUGGCCAAAAAGUUUGAAAUUCCUGUUUGCCCCCACGCUGGUGGCGUUGGCCUCUGUGAACUGGUCCAGCACCUGAUUAUAUUUGACUACAUAUGCGUCUCUGCAAGCCUGGAAAACAGGAUGUGUGAGUACGUCGACCACCUGCACGAACAUUUCAAGUACCCUGUGAGGAUCCGGCAGGCUUCCUACAUGCCUCCAAUGGAUGCUGGCUAUUCAACAGAAAUGAAGGAGGAAUCUGUAAAGAAACACCAGUAUCCAGAUGGUGAAGUUUGGAAGAAGCUUCUUGCUGCUCAGAAAAAUUAAGUGUUCAGUGCUAACAUCUUUUUCUAAGUGAAAAGGCUUGGGUAUGGUUUUACAAAAAUGGAAGAAAAAAAUAUCCUACCAAUCGAGUUCAGCUGAAAGCCCUAUUAGCCUCAGGUCUCAGUUCAGUAAUCAUUAUUACUUGAUUCUUUUAGCAAAUCAAUACAUCGUCUCCUAUUUAAUCCUUAAACAAAUUUAGAUUUAACUAACCCAAAGCUCAGGAAAAUGUUCUUACAAAAUUACUGUCAAGUCCUGGUACCCAGAUAUUAAACUGUACUUUGAAAAUAAGCAACAUGUUGCAUAAUUUGUUGGAACAAUUCCUUAUUCUAUUUAAUACUUGUC